UUUUAUGUCCGUCGAUUUACAUAGAAUCGCGUAAAAAGAAAAAAUACUCAGAUAGACUGCAGCUUCAGGUUUCAAACACAAGGAAACUCCGAAAACUAAUUCGUCAUUCUCUGUUUUCUUCAUUGACUUGUCUCAGACCAAGCACGGAAUUUCGAAAUCCUGAAUCUAUGGUUCAAUCGCUAAAAGCACAGAACUUCGCUUCAAAUCUUAAUGGCAUUCACCUCGGAGAUUUCGGUGAGAUUGAUUCACUUGUAAAUAUCAUUUACGAAUCCACUUGAUCCCUCUGAAUUCCCCCAUUGACAUAGUCAACUUCCUCUUUCUAAGCUCCAAAUAUCUCUAUUUUCAAUCGUUUAAUGCGUCUCCGAAUUUAUGACAUGAGAAUCAUUCAUCUCUUUUGGUAAUUGUCAAUAUUUUUCAGUAUCAGAUCAGAAGUUCAUGAUCCCAUUUGCCCCGUUUCUGUAAAUUUUUAUCUGGGCAUGUUUUAAUUUCGAUAUUUACUGCUAGAAUGAGCACUUACUCUUUUGGGUCAGGAAGUCCCAAGUCUUUUAACGCAUACCCAAGAGGAGAUUUUGAUCUAGAAUCUGGAACGUUCAAAAGAGUCCGAAAGCAGAAGAAUUCGCCUUUCAAUAUAAUAAGAAUGAUCAAAUCUGUAAAAAACCGACUGCAUUAUUUUUUCAAAUCACACCCACUUGUUUGUUUCCUCGUAUCCCUGUCUCUUGGAGUCUCAAUUUUCCUAGUUUUAUCUGUAUAUGAGGGUCAUUACAAGAUGAUGAAUAAUUAUCAAAAUUUCAAGGCGAAUUCGGAGAAUUAUCCGUUCCCCAAUCUCCGAAAUUUAGUCAUGGUUGCUGGGCACUCAGUUUACACUAGUAGUAGCUGUGGGAAAGUUGAUAAGGAGGAUUCUUGGUUUUUGGAGUCUUAUCAGAAGAAUCCUGGUCAAGCUUCUACUUUUUUGGCACAUAUACAAGAGGGAAUCGACAUUGCAGCCAAAGAUGAGGCUGCUUUGCUUUUGUUUAGUGGUGGUGAGACUAGGAAAGAUGCUGGUCCCAGGAGUGAGGCACAGAGUUAUUGGGCAGUUGCUGAAGCAAAAGAAUGGUUUGGCAAAGGCGAAAAUGUUAGAUCAAGGGCACUCACUGAAGAGCAUGCUAGGGACAGCUUUGAAAAUCUUCUCUUUAGUGUCUGUCGGUUCCGAGAACUUACAGGCACAUAUCCUCAAAAUAUAAGUGUUGUAAGCUAUGAUUUCAAGGAGGAAAGAUUUGCGCAGCUACAUCGAUCUGCAUUAGGCUUUCCAGAGUCGAGGUUCUCUUACUCUGGCACCCCAGCUAUCUCAUCUGCAAAAGCAGCUGCUCAGAAAGGUGAGGCAUUGGUGCGGACACAGUUCAAAGAAGACCCAUAUGGAUGUCAAGGUUCGCUUUACCGCAAGAAGCUAGGACGUGACCCUUUUCACAGAACAAUCCCUUAUCCAAACGGUUGUCCUGAAAUUGAGGGUCUUUUCAGAUAUUGCGGAACAGCUCCUUAUCCAGGAUACCUUCCAUGGGCUCAGUAAACUCAGUACCCUACUUUACCUUGAUCCUCACAUACUUGAACAGCUAGAAACUGGUUGCUCAACAUGAAAAAAACAUAGCCGUGUUGAAGAAAUUAGAGACAAUGAUUAGAUGUGUCAAAGUAACGUAAUUGUUUGUUGCCGCGGUAGAUACAUGAUACUGGUGAUAUGAGAUUGUAGGAUGGCAAUUAUUUAUGUCUUCUUUGAUCGAAGAUUCAAACAAGCUAUCGAUGGUGUUCUAGUUUCCAGAAAGUCUCACAAGAAAAUUAAUCGACACCUGAAAGUCAAAUUGAUUUCUGAACCA